AUGGAGCCAAGUACAGCAGACGAAGACCUUACGGUGACGAAUGUAAAUUUUGGGGCAGAAUACGUAAGCGAAAACCCGCUCGAUAACGCGACAGAAAUCAACGAAAACGGACAGAAUAUACCAUAUAGCGAGAAUACUAUAUUAAUCGAAGCCGACGUAAAUACCGGGGGGGAUGUCAACGGAAUCGAAACAGCCUCGACCAGCGACAAACCACGACGAAACGCAAAACCUUCUGGGAAAUCAAUUGAAAAUACUAGUCAGAUUGAACAUACUAAACUUUACAAAGCAUGGACAAAAGUUCAAAGAGCCAUUACAGCACUCCAAAAUGCUCCUAGCUCGAUCGACAAAAUUGUUAAAGCAAUCGCACAGGUACCUGUGCGUGCUGAGUAUAAUGCCUACGAUAAUUUACAUCACAUCUUUGCAAGUUUUCUUACUUAUGUGGGGACACGAGAAUGCAUGGAAGAGCUGCAUAAGUUGGACACGUUAACACAGGUUAAUAAAAAAUUUGUCUCGGAAAACAUUGAACAGGGGAAUCAGCGUAAGCAGGAAGUCAUGUUCGAAAUAAAAUCCAUGCGGUCUGGGUCCCGCGCGUCCUCAAUAUCGUCCACAGCUCUGCGGGCAAAAGCUCGCGCAGAAGCAGCUGCAGCAAUAAAAAGGCCGAAAUUUAUAAAAAACGCUCUCUCGCAAAAACGCAAUCGGCCCUUGCCAUCCAACGUGAAGAAUUUGUCCUAGCAAAGCGUAAACUAGACGAGCAAACCCGCUUGGAAGCAUUACGCCUAGAAGGCGAUGCAGCGAUUGCGGUCGCAAGAGCAGAGGCCAUAGAUGAUGAACUCGGUUUCGAUAUUAGCCACGAGCAAAACCCCAUAGAUCUGCCCAUAGAGAACCCCCAAACGCGAGUACAGCAGUUUAUUGACAAUCAGUACCUUCAUCCACAAACCAAUGACCCAGAACCCACCAGUCGCGAUACAGGGAACACACAACAAACACCAUCCCAUCAUCUCAACCCGAUGGUACAACCCUUCGCACCCAAGAACUGCCCGACCGCAACUAAUUCUGACCAGAACAUUAUGAGAUCUUGCCUAGAAUUUAUGGUACGAAGAGAAAUCCUAACAAAAAGGGUUGAGAAAUUUGAUGACGACCCGCAGAAUUUCCAUACCUGGAAAACGUCCUUCAAGACCAUGUUGAAGGAUAUAAGCAUCACCCCCCAAGAAGAGCUCUCGCUCUUAACCGAAUAUACAAGCAAAGAGUCAAAAAAGUUUGUCCAGAAGCUACGUAACGCCUACAUUCAAAACCCAGCCAAAGGGGUGGUAGAAGUUUGGAACAAACUGGGGGAGAGUUUUGGGUCGGACGUGGUGCUGACGAAAGCUUAUCUUGACAAGAUAAUAGGCUUUCCGAAAGUUAGCUACAGGGACAAUAAAGAACUCCAGUAGCUUGGGGCCUUCUACUCAGUCUACAGUGUGCUAAAGACGACGGUCAACAGAAAGGACUCAGAAUCCUCGAUGAACCAAUUUUCCUAAGACCUAUCAUAGAGAAGCUUCCCAACGAUUUCCAGAGCAGGUGGCAAAGACAUGCUCUCAGGUACAAAAGAGAAAAACACACCGACUACCCACCAUUCUCCGAGUUCUCCAAGUUUGUGCAAGACGUUUCCUUGGAGAGAUACGAUCCCAACCUCGUUAUUGAGCAUCCUACAAACGAUGACCCCCUAUGCAGCAAACCUAGGCAAACUAACAAAACUGAUAUGAAGAAGAGCGAUCACGACGACGACUUUCGCGACGUCACCCAGUACAAUCCCAACAACUGUGUUUUGCAUGAUAUGCCUCACCCACCCACUCACGUCGUGUCGCGCCUUCCGCGCAAAGUCGAUAGAAGAACGGAAAAGUCUCGUAAGAAAACACCGCCUUUGUUUUCGGUGCCUCGCCUCAGUCUCUCACAUGGCCAAGGACUGCAAAUUCCCUGUGAAAUGCUUGGAAUGCGGUAG